AGUCUCGUGUCACAUUUUAUAUAACUUCCACAGAGAGCCUUCGAGGUCCGACUGAGAACAACCCAGACCUUCUGGUUCUUUCCCUCCCAUUUUCCAAUUCACAUUCACAACAACUUUCUCAGUGAUCUAGGUGGACCUCUAAAGAAUCUGUAGUUUUCUAAAUACGGUAAUAUUUUUUCCCUUGACGUGGAAUGUUCUGAUGAAUGAAGAGAGUUCACGCAAUAUGCAGAGGGAAAGAGAAGGUUCAAACGAUUUUUUCAGGGAGUCUGGUUUUGAAAGAAGUAUGUUUCCUAGUCUUUUUGGCGGGAGGAGCCCAUUUGAUGAUCCCUUUUUCUCUCGCCCGCUUGGAAGCUUGUUUGAUUCUAGUAUGUUCAAUCCUAGUGCUGCUUGUGGUGCUGCUCAGGACAGCUUCAUAGAAAAGGGUAUUACCAUAGAAGAAUUAAACUCUGAUGAUGAGGAGGAACAAGGAAACAAGGGCCCUGAGGACAACAAUGAAAAUGACCGAAAUCAAGGCGAGGCAAGCAGAGGACCAUCGGUUGAACAUCCAGAUGAUAUGGUUAAUGAGAGGGAAGGCAAUGUGAUACUUCGGAAUGAGCCUUAUAAGAUGGAAAGGCCACAGCCUCAGCUUCAUAGGUACAAUGUUCAGACUUGCAAAGUCACUUACGGUGGUGUAGAUGGAGCAUAUUACUCCUCUACAAGAACUAGGAGGGCAGGCAGUGAUGGGGUAGUCAUUGAGGAGACCAAAGAAGCAGACAAAACAACUCGUCAAGCAGCACAUAAGAUCUCAAGAGGAAUUCGUGACAAGGGUCACUCUGUCACAAGAAAGCUUAAUGCUGAUGGUAAGGUGGAUACAUCGCAAACCUUACACAAUUUGAAUGAAGAUGAGCUUGCUGGAUUUGAAGAAGCUUGGAAUAGUAAUGCCAAAGGUGGCAUGGCUGGCUGGAGAGAUAGAUUUGAUAUGCAUGGUUCUGGUAGAAGUGAACAAAAGGGAGACUCUUUCAUGGCAGGUUGGCUCCUACCUUCUUUAGAAGGCACUCAAAAGACCAGAGGUACGGCACCACAUAACGAAGCCAGAGCCAAAAAAGUUGUCAGAAUCAAUAUAGAAUAAAGUUUCUUCCAUAUGAUAGUGAGACUCUACUUUUACCAUAGAGUUAAUCCAAUCGAACUUUGCCACCUACACCUACAAUUAAAAUAUAGUAUACGCUGAUUGUCUUUUAGGUACUGAGAUCAUAUGUGUGUUGGAAAGCCUUGAUUGAAUGAUGUAUUAUUGAUUCUAUUUGGGGUGUGAAAGAUCUGAAUUCUAUGGAUAUAAACUGUACCAUUUUUGGGGGAUUCAAAUAUCCAUUCCAAAAAUUGUGUUCCAAUAUCUUUCUUACCAAUGACAGACAAAAAAAUUAUGAAGCAAAA